AUGAGUUCUCCAAACUUAGUUGACGCCAGUGACUCUGAAAAUAGCAUCCACUCAACUGUGGAUGAACAGCAGAGGGAAGACAACUCUCCAUAUGAAGACAUAACUUCAAAAAAUGAAAACCAGAAUGAAGCUGCAUUCAACAUCAAGGAGGUCUUACCAGAUUGGGGAGGAAGGAAAUGGUAUCAAGUGCGUCAUAUUCAAAAAUUAAGUUUCAUGAUGUUCAUUAUUGCUUUGACUUCGACGAAUAACGGUUAUGAUGGCAGUAUGUUUAAUGGUCUUUAUGCCAUGAAUUCUUUUAACAAUGCCAUCGGUAACGUCAGUGGUGCAACUUUGGGAGCGCUAACUAAUGGUAUGGUGUUUGGCGCCUUUAUCUCGUUUCCUUUUGCGCAAUGGAUGGUGGAUAACCUUGGAAGAAAAAUGUCCUUGCACAUUGCAAAUAUCAUCAUGGUUAUUGGAGUGAUUAUUCAAAGCUUUUCAGGAGCUUGGAUUAAAAGCAUGCCAGCCAACUAUACCGGCAGAGAUGUUUAUGGUAUGUUGCUAGGCGCCAGAAUCAUCAUUGGUGCAGGAAGCAAUCUCGGUGCUGUUGCUGCUCCUACUUUGAUGAGUGAAUUGUCAUAUCCAACUCAUAGAGAUACGUGUACUACAUUUUACAAUUGUUGCUGGUAUUUAGGAGCUACAAUUGCCUCAUGGGUUUCGUAUGGAUGCAGAAACAUCCACAAUGAUUGGAGUUGGAGAACAGUUACGGUUAUUCAAGGCUUUUUCCCUUUGAUUCAAAGUAUAUUGAUUCCAUUUAUUGUGUCUGAGUCUCCAAGAUAUCUAAUCUCAAAAGCAAAAUUCCAGGAAGCAAAAAUUGUGUUGAGACAGUAUCAUGCAGGAAAUGAGGCGGAAGGUGAGGCAUUGGUCGAUUACGAAAUGAUGGAGAUCCAGUUGGCAAUUGAUCAGGAAAGGGAAACUUCAAAGCAGUUUUCAUAUAUAGAUUUCAUCAAAACUAAAGCAAACAAGAAGAGGUUAUGGCUUGUUGUUUGGGUAGCUGUUUUCAUGCAAUUGAGUGGCAACGGUCUUGUGUCCUAUUAUUUGGCUAAAGUUUUGGACUCUAUUGGAAUAACAUCAGAAAGUGAGCAGUUGGUUGUGAAUGGUGGCUUGAUGAUCUAUAAUUUGGGAAUCUCUGUCAUUAUGACAUUCUUUAUCAUUCCUCGUUUAAAAAGAAGGCAUGCAUUCAAUAUCUGUUUGUUUGGAAUGCUUUUGUGUUAUAUUAUUUGGACAGUCCUUUCGGCAAUUAACCAGCAGAGAAACUUCGAAGACAAACCCUUGGCCCAAGGAGUCCUUGCGAUGAUUUUCCUCUUUUAUGCUUUCUACAAUCUUGGCUUGAAUGGACUUCCUGCUACUUAUGUUACAGAGGUGCUACCAUUCUCUUUAAGAGCCGGUGGUGUCAAUCUUUAUCAGAUUGUUCAACAAGUUGUGAGUGUUUACAAUGGUUUUGUCAAUUCAAUUGCCAUGGAUGCUAUUGAAUGGAAAUACUACAUUGUGUACUGCUGUUGGUUGGCAGUAGAAUGUGCCGUUUGUUAUUUCACCUUCAUUGAAACCAGUGGUAGAACUUUGGAAGAGGUUGCUGAAACUCUUGGUGACGGAUCUGUCGGAAUGAGAGAAACUAGUGGUAUUGCUGCUUUAGAAGCAGCUCGCAAUGAUGGCAAGAAGAGCACAACCGAGCAUGUUGAAAAUACAGAAAAAUAA